CCGGGAGAGGAAAGAGAGAGAGGAGAUUCCUCCCUCCCUCUCCCCCCUUCCCCUCCCUCCUCGUCGAAACCCUAGCCCCGCCUCGCCGCCGGCGGUGGCGUCCGCCUGACCACAGGUGCGCCGCCCAGCCCCGCCAUCCCGCCGUACUUCUCCUAACACUCUCCCCGCCGCGCGCUCCCUCCCGGAGCCGUCGCGCCCGCCGCCGGAUCCGGAUCGGCCGGCCGCCAUGUCGAAGGCCAGGGUCUACACCGACGUCAACGUGCUGCGCCCCAAGGAGUACUGGGACUACGAGGCGCUCACCGUCCAAUGGGGUGAGCAGGAUGACUAUGAAGUUGUCAGGAAAGUUGGUAGAGGAAAGUACAGCGAAGUCUUUGAGGGCAUCAAUGUUAACAACAAUGAGAAAUGCAUCAUUAAGAUCCUGAAGCCUGUGAAGAAAAAGAAGAUCAAAAGAGAAAUUAAAAUCCUUCAGAAUCUUUGUGGAGGCCCUAACAUUGUGAAGCUGCUUGAUAUUGUUAGAGAUCAGCACUCAAAAACACCCAGCUUGAUCUUUGAAUAUGUCAACAACACAGAUUUCAAAGUGCUUUACCCAACAUUGACAGAUUAUGACAUUCGCUAUUACAUCUACGAGUUACUCAAGGCAUUAGAUUACUGCCAUUCACAAGGUAUUAUGCACCGAGAUGUGAAGCCUCACAAUGUUAUGAUAGAUCAUGAGCUUCGUAAACUCCGGCUGAUAGAUUGGGGCCUUGCUGAAUUCUAUCAUCCUGGCAAGGAAUAUAAUGUCCGUGUUGCCUCAAGGUAUUUCAAGGGACCUGAGCUUCUUGUUGACUUGCAAGAUUAUGACUACUCUUUGGACAUGUGGAGUCUUGGCUGCAUGUUUGCUGGAAUGAUAUUUCGUAAGGAACCAUUUUUCUAUGGCCAUGACAACCAUGAUCAGCUUGUUAAGAUUGCUAAGGUACUUGGAACAGAUGGGCUGAAUGCAUAUUUGAACAAGUACAGAAUUGAGCUUGACCCUCAGCUUGAAGCCCUCGUUGGAAGGCAUAGCAGGAAACCCUGGUCAAAGUUUAUUAAUGCGGAUAACCAACACCUAGUAUCUCCUGAGGCCAUAGAUUUCCUUGACAAGCUUCUGCGUUAUGAUCACCAGGACAGGCUUACUGCACGUGAAGCAAUGGUGCACCCAUACUUCCAACAAGUGAGAGCCGCAGAGAACAGCAGGACGCGCGCAUAGCCAGCGGCAAUGGCAGAGACGCGCUAACCGAUCAUCAGCUGCGCUCCAUCGAUCUUCAGUCAUAUAAUAGCGGUUGGGUCACUUGAAAGAAACAAAAGAUUGUGAGGGAGCCUCUGUUGUUGCCUGUCUUUAACCGCAUUGAGAAAGAACGCAAAUUUAUUCGGGUUGUGAGCUUGAGAUGUGAUUGCGAACAUUAUUCAUGUAAGGUGGUUGCCAUAAAACGUCAUCUGUUCGCAGAUUGUCCUACUGUAUUAUUGAGCUUGCAAAGAAUACCAACCUUUUGUUUGGACUCCA